GUCACUAUACUCCCUGUACUGGAGAUUGGAGGACUCUGAAGCGGAGGAACCCUAGCCCUCCAUUGUCGCCGCCGUUCCCAGGUCGUCAGCGCCGCCGCCGUCCCCAGGUCGUCAGCACCGCCGUUCCCAGGUCGUCGAACCCUAACCCAGUAACUCGGCAGGUACUCUUCAUCUUUGCUGGCUUCUCGGCACGGAACCCAGGCUAACGUUCCUUAGGGCAUGGAGGGGCAACACAAGAAGACGGUGAGAAUAUUUGUCGGUGGAUUGGGGGAAUCAGUAACUAAACAAGACCUCCACAGUAUGUUCAGCUCUUUCGGCAAUGUCGAAGCAGUCGAAACAAUCCGAACCAAAGGUCGCAGUUUCGCCUAUCUUGACUUCCUUCCUUCUCCCACCGAUGACAAAUCUCUUUCCAGGCUUUUUAGCAAGUAUAAUGGUUGUGUUUGGAAGGGUGGGAAGUUGAAGCUCGAGAAGGCUAAAGAACAUUAUCUAGUGCGGUUGAAACGAGAAUGGGAUGAAGAUGCUAUGUCUAAGAUUGAGCAUGUUAGUGACAAACCAGUCACUACUGAUAAGUUAGAGGAAAAGCCCACAAAAGAGAGUUUAAAGACAAAGCAGCUCCACAUUUACUUCCCGAGGUUAAGAAAGGCUGAGACAGAGAGAAGGGAUGAAUGAGGCUGCAACAGAGGAAGAAGAACCUAAUUGGGUUACCCAAGUUGUUUGUCUUUGACCUGACUACCCACCAUAUUUUGAUUAUGGCCUCAACACCACGGAAAAAAAAGCACUCCGCACCAGAAGCUCCAUUGCAUCCGGCUCCUGCUCUCCUCUGCCUCAAUCAUGUGCUAUAUACCCCUGCAAUUGCUAAGCCUGCAUGCUUCUAUUGCUAAAUUUUGGCUCAAUUUGUAUGUUUUUUAAAUUUUUUGGAUUCUUUUGUUGAUAUUUAAUUUAAGACUUCCAUUUAUCUGUGAUAUAUAAAUGUGUAACAGUUUUAUUAUGUAGAAUGCAUUCUUGCCUUUCCCUUAUAUUCGGUCAUGUAAAGAAACGUUAAUGCUUAAUCAUAUGGUUCAAUUUUCA